AGGGAUUGCGGAACAAAGAAGAAUAAAGAGAAAAAACAAAAAGAAAAAGGAAAAAAGACGAUUCACAAAAUAGCAGCAAGCAACGACGCCGUAUUAAAGUCUAGCCCUUUUUACAAUUUCGCCUGCCUCUGUUUUCUGAUUGUAGCGUUACAUGCACACUCAAAACUCUUCUCUCCCUCUCUUCUCUCUGCAAUUUCAUACAAUUCUUUCAAUUUCUUCAUGUAAAUUCUGAUUGUUUUGCUCAAUAGAUUCUAGAUCUCAUAGUUUUUUUGGCGCACAAAUGGCAUCAGUUUCCUCGAGUCCUCGAACUGUAGAGGAGAUCUUCAAAGAUUACAGUGCUCGUCGCGCCGGAAUCGUUCGUGCUUUAACUAAUGAUGUGGAUGAAUUUUACGGGCUCUGCGAUCCAGAGAAGGAGAAUUUGUGUCUGUAUGGACACCCAAAUGAAACUUGGGAAGUAAAUCUCCCGGCUGAGGAAGUUCCACCGGAGCUCCCUGAACCUGCCCUUGGGAUCAACUUCGCUAGAGAUGGGAUGAACCGAAGAGAUUGGCUUUCUUUAAUUGCUGUGCACAGUGAUGGUUGGUUGCUCUCUGUCGCUUUUUACCAAGGGGCUAGGCUGAAUCGCAAUGAGAGGAAGCGCCUCUUCAGCAUGAUCAAUGAAUUGCCAACAGCUUAUGACGUGGUAACAGAAAAAAAGCCUGUAAAAGACAAGCCCAAUGCAGAUAGUGGAAGCAAAUCUCGUGUUAGCACAAAGAGAACUAUUGAUGGUCAAGUGAAAAGCAACCCAAAGCUGGCUGAGGAAAGUUUUGAAGAAGAGGAAGACGAACAUAGUGAAACAUUGUGUGGAAGCUGUGGUGGAAACUACAGUGCGGAUGAGUUCUGGAUUGGCUGUGACAUCUGCGAGCGAUGGUUCCAUGGGAAAUGCGUGAAGAUAACUCCUGCUAAAGCUGACAACAUCAAGCAAUACAAAUGCCCUUCCUGCUUGAAGCGUGGCAGGCAGUAGUUGUUAUUGGAUCAAACUGAAGAUUGAUAGUUCACUCAGUGCCUGACAGAGUAGUUUAGCAAUAUGUGUUUCGACUAUUCCAAGACGACAACAUUUUAUUCUGAACGGGAUAAAAGCCCAUCUCGUUGCAUACUAGGUGGUCGUCUAUCUCAAUGUUACAGCUUUUAUAUAGGAGUCUUUAUAUUUCUUUCUCAUGCUACAGUAUCCUAUGGAUUCGAUACCUUGUUCGUGAUGUAUCAUUAAUUUAAAGAGGUUUGGGUUUUAUUUA